GAGAAGCCUACAGAUAGCUUUCCAGAGACAUACCUGUCUAUGAAUGUAUAGUACCCGGUUUAUUGAUAAUGUUACUUUCUCAAUGUCUUUCCUUAAUUUAUUGCUUUGUCGUCUUCCAAAUACAGUAUUAGUAGUGUUCUUUCGGCUAGACAGGCCAACAUUGUAUAAAUUAUGCUGCCUGGCUUGGUGCAUGAACAAGUAUAAACCUUCUAUAAUAAGCCUGGGCCCUGCCGUGGCUCCAGGGCACAGUUUCUUGGCCUCUCACUCAGCCACCCCCGGCAAAUCUUAGUAUGCCUCAGGAUCUUUUAUUUAAUGAUUAGCGCCCUCUUUUCAUCGACAGACUAUUGUUAUCCUUAUUUUAUUCUAUUCCAGAGUACGGAGUAUACCAAUGUCACUAUUUGUGCACAGAUAAUUCUGCAUUCUUGUUCCUGGUGAUUAUUCUCCGAUCGGUGGGGAUAAGAUACGAUGGACCGCCUUCCCUCCAAGCUGCCCUUUUCCAAGCGACGGUUACGACCUCGCGUUAUCAUUUCUUAUAUUCUCGACUAUGUAAUUCUCGUCGCCUGUAUCGCCGGCUUCUACAUUCUCGAUUCCAUCGAACCGUUUCAUCAACCGUUCUCCCUCGAAAACAUCUCCCUGAAAUACCCCUAUGCCGUUCACGAGACGAUUCCGAUGCCCGUGGCCCUGUGCCUGGCUGGAAUCAUUCCCCUCGUUACCAUUGCCGUCUACACACUGUUCAUCGAUGGACUGUUCUCACACAAUAAGCCGCGGAACGCCGUGUCCGGGAAGAGAAAGCUGACCGGUCCAUACCGAUUAAAGGACCGACUAUGGGAGUUCAACUGCGGCUUCCUGGGCCUGUUGCUCUCGCAAGGUCUUGCAUUUGUGAUCACCCAGGUGCUGAAAAACGCCUGUGGUAAGCCGCGACCGGAUAUUAUCGACCGGUGCCAGCCGAACGUGACGCAGGAUCCUCAGCCGUUUGGUUUGUCGAACUAUACAAUUUGCACGGGCGAUCCGGGAAUUCUAAAGGAUGGAUUCAAGUCAUGGCCAUCAGGACAUAGCAGCUCGUCGUUUGCGGGAUUGUUUUACUUGUCGCUGUGGUUGUCGGGAAAGUUGCAUAUUAUGGAUAAUCGCGGGGAGGCUUGGAAGUCACUAUUAGUGAUGGUUCCCACCUUGGGUGCAAUGCUUAUCGCAGUCACGCGGAUUAUGGACGCCAGACAUCAUCCAUUUGAUGUGAUUACGGGGUCGGUGCUGGGCAUUAUUUGUGCGUCUAUUUCUUACCGCCAGUAUUUCCCUUCGCUCAGCGAACCUUGGAAGAAAGGACGGGCGUAUCCGAUUCGCACAUGGGGCGUUGAGCCAGCUAACCCAUUCGACGACUCGAAUCGACCUCCUUCCGAAUAUCGUGAGAGCACUGCCGCUCUUCGAAAUCCGGCUGAAGAGCGGCUCGACGCGUCCCUUACCGUGCCUCCUGCGCAAGAGCCCCCUCGUUACCCUACGCCAUCGGCAUACUCGACUCCAACUCCCGUUAAUCCUUACACCCAUAAUACAUUCUACCAACGUCGCCCACAUGAGCAUGAUGGGGAUUGGUCAUCUAGCAGCGAGGAUCUCGCAGAUGGGUACGAGAUGCAGCAUGGCUAUACGCGGACGCAGAACCCGGGCUUGAGUACCACUCCGUUUCCGCAGUAUGAGGUUGACACUUCAUAUCAUCGCCAGGCAGAGCCGCCGAUGGUGCCGGGCGUUAGCGCCUUGCAUUCGCCGCCGGGUGUUGUGACUUCUGGAAACGGACGAAUUUGAUGGUGUCAAGACGGUGAAGACGGGGAUGCGAAAAAUCAGUGUUGGUUUUGGUUACUUUGUUUUUGGGGCUUACUGGCUAUGAACAUGCCCAUUUUACGAUGUCGAUGAUUAUGUUGGGUGGUUAUAGUGCCCUUUUUUUUUGUCACGGCUUUUCAUGGCUGAGAGGAAUCUAUCUGCUAUUUGCCCAGUUGCGAUUUAUUUUGUAUAAUAGGAAUUGGACCUCUUUUUUUUUUCCU